AUGGCUCAGCUUUAGUGUCGGGGGCUUGCCCAGAUGACCUCUGGGGGCCCCGUCCAAGUCUGUGUUUCUGUCGUUCUGUCCCAGAAGACUGAAGGAGCAACGUGAAACUGAUUCGUGACUUUUUACUCUACAGAAACAACCUGUCACCAAGGCUGGAAUCUUGUUCUUUGCUGCCAGGGGUCAGGCCAUGGGGGCUUGUCCCAGUCUGCCCGCCUGGUACUCCAGCCAGAGAGUGGUGUUGGGGUGUCAGGGCUUGCUCCGCUCCGCCCACCUGGCGCUCCUGCGGGGCACGCCUCCGCACCCCAGCUGGAGCGCCAGUGGGGCAGAUGGAGUGGGACACGGUCCCGCACCUUGGUUGGAGCACCAGGGGGGUGGAGUGGGGCAAACCCCUGCAUCUCAGUCCCAGGCUGGAGCGCCGGGUGGAGUGGGUAGGACCUGGGAGUGCCCAUUUUUCUGGGGCCCCAGGUUGGCCCAGUGGCUAAUCUGCCACUGGGAGGAGAGCAAGCAGGCACCCCGCGGUAGUAGAAAACUUAAAAAAAAGGUAGGCCCACUGUCCCGGGGCAGUAGGCCCAUGCAUGGAGCGGUGGGAUCUGGAAGGGAGCUAGCAGCCAUGCACGCUUGAGAGCGGCGUCUCCUCCUGGAGCUGGGUGAGUGCCCAGGGAGCCCCUGGCCAGAGGCUCCAUCCACCGCAAGGCCAGCUGCAUGGGGUGGAGGGAGGCAGGCCCUCCUGCCCUCCCAUAAUUGCCCACCCACCUGAAGUUGGGGGUCACUCAAAUAUCCCAUGCUGGCUACACCACUGGCUCAGAGGUGGGUUGGGGGAAGGGUUGGAGUGGGGGCUGAGCAGGGAGCUUGGGGGGAUCCUUAGAUUGCUAAAGUUUGAGGACUGUUGAGACUAUGGGAUAAUUAAUGGGCAUCUUCCAGGCAUGUUCUGCUGGGGUCUCAUCAGAGUUUGUCCCUUGAGCUUUAGAAAAAAUAACACUAUGAACACUUAACUUGCAGAAAUGAUUGGCUAUUGUGAAAUAAAAGAAACAGUAACUGAAACUUGAAAUAAUAAGUUAAUUACUUAGAAAGUUUGUCCUAAUGUGGCAACACUCAUGUUUUAAACAGUUUAAUAGUAAUUAUCAAGUAUUUAAUUUUUUUAUACAACUUCAGUGUUUCUGUAUAUUGAUGGUUUGUAUAUGGGAUAGAUGGGAUGGGAAGAUUUCCUACCAAUAUUACAAUUAGUAAUUGGAUUGGUGAAUUGGCAGAUUUUGGAAUUUUUAUCUGAAAUACUUGAGACUGGAUAUUGUAACUUCAUGGGAUUGCUAAAAGGGAGAUUGGAAGUUCUUAAAAUAGUGUAUCAAUGAAUUGUUAAGUAUUAUAAGGACUUUCAGUUAUAAAUUUUCAUAAGAGAAAACUAACUCAGUAAAUAACUUAGUGACUCUUAAAUUGAAGGUGAAAUCUAGACUCUCAUACUUGUUACCAGCAAUAGAAAAGGCAGCACUUGUGCAGUAUGCUAUUAGACAUUUAACUGUCAUUCCAAUAGAUAUCUGAAUAUUAAUCAAAAUUUGGAUGGCAAGUAGAAAUAGGUGGUUUCCUGUAGCCCAGACUUUGGUGGGGCUUUGAACACACCCCUCUCAUCAGUAUCUCCCAUUUACUAGCAUAGGUGUCUCUCUCCCCAGCUUUUCUCUCCCCAUUCAUUGUAAAGAGAGCAAAGACGCCUAAUCCAGGAUUUGUGGAUUUCAGUUAUUUUCUUCAUGCCUCAAAGGUAGGCAUUGCAAUGCUUAAGACCCUCUGUUUGUCUGGGGCCUAAGGGUAAGUCUAUACUGUCCGCCGGAUCGGCGGGUAGUGUUCGAUGUAUCAGGGAUCAAUCCACGAAUCGACGCCAGUGCUCCACCUCGGCAGGAGUAAGCGAAGUCAACAGGGGAGCUGACUCACCGCUGUGAGAACAGCCAGGUACUUAAAAUGGGGAACACAAGCAGUGAGCGAGCUGGCAUGGAGCGUCAUGGGGGCCAUAAGACGCCCCGAAGAGACAAUUCUGGUGGAGCCAUUAGUACAAAAGAAGGUGAUAGACCAAAAAUCUUGAUGGAUAGUCCUGAAGAUGCAGACUUGUUCCAUUCUGAGGAAAUAAAGGCUCCACGAGAGAGAGAGGAAUUUCUAGCUUGGCAGCAAGAUCUGGAAGUGAGUGAAAAAGUCCCUGUUCAAAAUCGGCCAACAGUCUUUCGCUGGACUGCAGGAGGGAAAGAAGUUUAUCUGUCAGGUUCCUUCAACAACUGGAGUAAACUUCCUCUUACAAGAAGCCACAAUAACUUUGUAGCAAUUCUGGAUCUUCCAGAAGGAGAGCACCAGUACAAGUUCUAUGUGGAUGGUCAGUGGACGCAUGAUCCUUCAGAGCCAGUAGUAACCAGCCAGCUUGGUACGGUUAACAACAUCAUUCAGGUGAAGAAAACUGAUUUUGAAGUAUUUGAUGCUUUAAUGGUGGACUCCCAAAAAUGCUCAGAUAUGUCUGAGCUGUCAAGUUCACCCCCAGGACCCUACCAACAGGAUCCCUAUGUUUCUAAGCCAGAGGAACGCUUCAAGACUCCACCUAUUCUUCCACCACACCUGCUGCAGGUGAUCCUGAAUAAGGACACUGGCAUUUCUUGCGAUCCAGCUCUACUUCCUGAGCCCAAUCACGUCAUGCUGAACCACCUCUAUGCACUUUCUAUCAAGGAUGGAGUGAUGGUACUCAGCGCCACUCAUCGUUACAAGAAAAAAUAUGUGACUACAUUGCUGUACAAGCCAAUAUGAUUAGACCAGGUAUCCUGGGGUGAUGAAAUGCCAGAGGGAACAAAUCCUUCGUUAAACCGAAACAUAUGCAUGGUCUAUGCUAGUGUAAACAGACUCUGAUUUCAUACGGUUUUAAAGACUUCACAUUUGUUUCAUAUUUGCCUUGUUCUCCCAGUCCCAUCUGGAAGUUUUCAGACUCAGCCAGGACCAAAUAGAUGACUGGUGGUGCUGUCAUUUUCUCAGCUCAAUAACAAUCACCUGGGAUCUACCAGUGAAAUCAGGCUGGGAAACAUGGGGAUAGUGACAGCUCAAAUGUCAUCCAUGAGUGAUACAGGCUGUAGAAAAUAAUAUUCUAAGAAGUGCGGGAUCCUUGCUCAUUGAGUGGCUGUUUUUAUCAUAAAGCUCAAACAUUCAGUUAUAUUACCACUGAGCUCCACAAAGAGCCCAUUCCCUGGCUCAACUACACAUGAAAAAUGGCAUUCUUUCUAUUGCAGCUUUUUUGGGCAAAGCCAGAGAUGCUGCCACUACCACAGUCACUAUUUCUUUUUUUGUUUAAUCAGUAGACGGGUUGAGUACGUUUUCCAAUGUGAGUGACGCUCUAGCAUUGUUUCUCUUAUGAGAACUCCAAAAUAACUUUUCCCCAGUGGAAUUGCUAAUAAAGACAAUUGUUCUUAAUUGCUGGGUUUUGUGUAGCCUUGUGAUAAUCUGUUCUUGUAACAGACUUGUAAUUCUCUUGCCGAUAAGGACUGGGCUGGGUUCCUAUAAAGAAAUUGCCUAAUUUAGCAUAAGGACUUUAAUUCUUCAAUAUCAGUUUUUAUCAAAUUGAUGGUAAGGUGACUCCCAAGUUACUUUAAAAACUAUAUAGUAAAUGAGAUAUUGAGGGAAAAACUCAUCUGCUGAUAUAAGCAGCUGCGGCCCCUGUGAAGUGGCACUGCACCCACUUAUGUCAAGGGCUGGAUUGGCCCUGAAUCUAUAUUUGCAUUUGACUCUGCCAACUUAAGUUCAUGUGGUCUCUGCCGCAAGGACUCCCAACAAUUUCUGUCACUUCCUGCUUUAUUUAUAUUUGUAUAAACGAAUGUAGUUCUCGCAAAUGGUGCCAGAUUGCCUUUCUUAGAGACUGAUGAUCCAUUUGAUCCCAAAAAGAAUGCAGUAGGGGCAACACAAAAUUCCCUGCCAGUGUGCCUCAGGCCUGACCUGGAGGGACCAACUUGGGGAAUGCAUAGUGCCUGCCCGUUCCUGAGUGCCAAUAAGAGUGCCAAGAGUGACCCACUACACGGGGGUGCGUAUUACAAAAAACACCAGGUAGCUAAUCAGAUGGUGACUUAGAUCAUUGGUGACCACGAUUAGAUGUGAUACAGUCAAUAAGACUCAUUUUCAGUCUUCUGAACUGUUCAAUUGUAUUGUUACAAUAUUUUGAGUAGUUCAGGGUAUAUUGCUAUUGGGUUUUCUUUGAAAACAUGGAAUUCCUGUCACUGUCUGACCUCUUCAGAAACAAGUUAAAAUAUAAAGCAUUUUAAGGAAAAA